GUCUCUUCAUCCUCUCUCUCUCUGGUGUCUUCGCGUCGUACAAGACACACACACGUGCUGACACAAGUCGUCCAUCGCCGGCAUUAAUGCAGAUGAUCAUGGGCCUCGCCGGUGUCAAGACGUCGUGGCAGCGACAGACGCGGUACUUUGGGCACGACCGCGGGGACGCGUACUCGGUACUGCUCAUCGACAACCGCGGCAUGGGCGGCAGCGACAAGCCGCUGGCGCGGUACUCGACGUCGCAGAUGGCCCUCGACGUGCUCGACGUGCUGGACCACGUCGGCUGGACGGCGCCGCGCAGCGUCAACGUCGUGGGCAUCUCGCUCGGGGGCAUGAUCGCCCAGGAGCUCGCCUGCGCGGCGCCCCAGCGCGUCCAGUCGCUCUCCUUGCUGUGCACCUCGGCGCACGUCCGCAGCGGCAAGUCGCUCCCGCAGACGCUCGUCGAGCGCGCCGGCAUGCUCAAGCCCAAGGCCGAGGGCGACGCCAUUGCCGACACGGGCCGCUCCAUCUUCGUCGACGAGUGGCUCGUCGCCCCCGACGCCGAGGACCUGCCCGUCCCCGGCGUCACGCCGCGCUGCGCCGACGUCGUGCCCGGCGGGUACCGCAGGUUCGACAGUAAUUUCCAGCGCUUCCAGGCCCAGGAGCUGGCCAAGAGGCGCGCCGACGGGGCGUUUACCCUGCGCGGGUUCCUGUGCCAGCUCGUCGCCGCGGGGUGGCACCGCAAGUCGGACGAGCAGCUGCGGCGCAUGGCCGACGCGGUCGGCCGCCAGAGGAUCAUGGUCAUGCACGGCACGGGCGACAACAUGAUUACCGUGGCCAAUGGGCAGAAGCUCAUCGACGUGAUUGAGCCGGGCACGGGGCUGAUUGUCGAGGGCAUGGGGCAUGCGCCCAUCAUGGAGCGGUUCAAGUGGUUCAACGACCUGCUCGAGGAGAAGCUCAACGAGUGGACGAAAAUCGUAGAGCCUUGAGGGAAGCCUUUGAAUACUUUUUUAUUUCUUGUACACGCGUUUUGCCAUCCUUUUUACAUGACUUGUGAAGUUGGCUACGUAGGCAUGAAAGUUGAGGACAACAUGCCACAUUACACGUGUCUAUGGUAAGGGG